UGUAAUAAACCGUAAAAUACGUUUUAUACAUUUUAUACAUUUUUUACAUAAUUUACGUGUAUUAUACGUGUAACGUAAAAAACCCUAGAUCCCACCGAUUUACCCAACCCUGGUCCCAGGAUAAUUUUCAUAUCGUCGACAGUAUAAAUGGCUACAACGACUGUCGUAGGCGGUCGGAGGGUUGGUCUCGUACGAUUUUACUCUCCUCUCCGUAGCCUACAUAUUGUGCGUAAUAUUUCCAAAAAUUGGCUUACUAAAUUGUGAAUUUAUGUGCGAAAAUGUGAAGUAGUGAAUUCCUCGGAAAAAUCGUGAUAAGUGAUUUUCCUUUAUUGUCGAUAAAUAGUAAUCGGUUAUUCACCAGGAGGAUAUAGUUUCAUUGUGUUCAUAUCGAUGCCUCGUGCAUUUUUUAUGUCCGGAUGUUAUUUAUAAAUCCAUGAAUUGAAGAUUGAAGUUUUCAGGCCGAAUACUUGAUGAAUUCUUGGUUAAGUUUACUUUUGAUUUUUCUUCGAAGUCAGUGUUAGUGGCGCAAUGUCAAAGUUAGAUGCUCCAAAAUUAGUCACAGCCUUAUUUACAUUCAAAGGAAGUAACAACGAUGAGUUGUGCUUCAGAAAGGGCGAUGUCAUAACAAUAACGCAGACCGAUGAUGGUGGAUGGUGGGAAGGUACCUUGAAUGACAAGACUGCUUGGUUUCCCUCCAACUAUGUCAAGGAGUAUCGCCCUCUUGAUGCUGGACAUUCUUCUGGAAAGCCCCCGGUCGAGAAAUCGAGCCAAGAGUUCCCAGCUAUUCAUUCACGAGUCAAUAGAGAAAUAGUUUUGAAAGAUCUAGUGGAUUCAGAGAAAGCUAAUGUCACAGAAAUCCAGGGAAUUGUCAAUAAUUUUCUGCAACCAUUGGAAUCAACAAAUUUAUUAACAAAAGAGGAAUACAAACAGUUGGUUGGAAAUAUCCGCGAAGUUGUGGAGAUUCAUCAGCGUUUGCUGGCGAGUCUGGAAGCAGCAGUAUCCCACGGACCUGAGGCAAGAAUUGGCAGUUUAUUUCUCACUCUGGCAUCUAAAAUACAGUCAGUUCAUUUGCGGUAUUGCAACGGUCAUCCUCAUGCCGUUUGCAUAAUGGACCGAUACAGGGAUGAACUGAAUGAUUUUAUGGAGAAAAGUGGCGCUGUGACACCAGGAAUUCUUGUAUUAACUACAGGGCUCAGUAAACCCUUUAGGAGGCUAGAGAAAUACAGUGCAAUACUUCAGGAAUUAGAAAGACAUACUGAGAAGAAUCACUGCGAUCGAGGGGAUACACAGAGGAGUGUCUCUGUAUACAGGGAAAUAGCAGAACAAUGCAACUAUAUGCGCAAGCAGAGGGAACUAGCCCUUCAAGUGCUUACCAGUGGGGUUAAAGGUUGGGAAGGAGAAGAACUCGAUGCCCUUGGCGAUAUUUUGCAUGUUGGACCGGUCACAAUUGCAGUGGGGGCAGAUCGACGUGAUAGAUACUUCGUACUAUUCCCUACGACACUUCUAGUACUCAGCACAAGCUCUCGAAUGAGUUCUUUCAUAUACGAGGGAAAACUCCCCUUAACGGGCAUUGAUAUCACCUUAGUCGAAGAUCCUGAGGAUUCAAAAAACGCCUUCGAGAUAUCGGGUCCCUUCAUCGAGAGCAUUAUGGUCCUCUGUAACAACCGAGAAGAACGCCAACAGUGGAUCGAUCUUCUGAGCCAGGAUCAAUCGUCGUGUCUUCUUCGUUCUCCGACAAUGUUACAUCUGAACAAUCAACCAAACGAGACACAUCAACAGCAUCUUCAGGAGCAUUGUGCAUCCCCAGAGACUAAAUCUUGGUGGAAUCUUGCAUCAUUGCGACCGGCACCUCCAAUUUAUUCAAUCAAGAUUCAAAAUAAGACUGACCCCAUCGAUGGAUAUCAUUCACCACGAAACACAAACGAACGGACAUUUGAGGAUGAUGCUAUUAUCUUGAAAGUUAUUGAGGGCUACAGCAUGAUUGUCAACCGUUUUGCAAUGCAACCUGAAUAUUCGGAUGAAUCGCUUAAUAAGCCCAGACUAUCCUUAAUAAAUAGUAUCCCUAUGGACUCGUUUGAUGGCAGGAAUCUGCCGGAAGCUCUUGAAGCCUUGAAGAACCAGGUGAAGGAUCUCCACGCGCAGAUGAUGCAGCUUACUAGACAACUGGAUGAGGAGAAACAAUUGAGACUUUUACUCGUCGCAGCAAUCAAACGAAGAGUUCCAGGAUUUGAGAGUUUAGUGCCUUAGACGAUAAAUCAUCAUGUGUCUUACCUUUAAUUGGCGCAUCCAAUAAUUUAGCUAUCCAAGCAAUUUUGACCAUUAGUCUGACUGAAAUUGAAGUUGGGGUGGAAUGAUCUCCAGAUUUAUGCCUUGAAAUUAUUCUUCGACGUCACUGGAUGGAAUUUUCGGUUACAAACAGCGUAUAAAUAAUGUCAUUGGCGCAGAGAGAUAAUUUUUCAGAUUGAUGCCUGAGAAACACCAUAUCCUGAACGUUGUGCGCCCAGAAAAUUGUGUUUUCCAGACCCUGGAUGUGGAGAAAUUGGGCCCAAGGGAGGGCUUAAAAUGUACUCAUUCAGACGUUUUCCCGUAAACUGAUAAAAUAUAUUAUCGGUGAUAAUGCAUUUAAGUUCAUUUUUUUUUAGAUCGAUGAAACAGAGCUGAUUGAUGAUAAUUGUUAUAAAGUUAUUUGGUUAAAUUGUUUGAUGCAUCGAAAGGUUUACUGAGCAGUAGCAUUUGUCUGCAUUGGUGUUAUCAAUACUGGUGUUUGUGGCUGCGUAGUUCUGGUGUUCGAUCUUGCAUGAAGAUGUUUGUUUUUAAUGCGUUCCAAUUCAUUGACCCUACUACGAGCGUGCUCCAAUCGGUGCCAUGCCAUUUGCAGUACUUUUUGGCUGGCGUAGCCAGAUCCUUCGUGUGGUUGUCCUGGAAUAAGUGGUUAUUUAUUAAUAAUUAUUAUAAUAUUGAAAUAAAAUUGUUUGGCUGAUGAAAUAAAUACUAAAAAAUUUUUAAAAAUUUUAAA